GGAAUCAUGGUUGGCCGAGAGCACAGAGGGUUUUCCACGUCAGUGUGUUUACCAAGAAGACUGACAGCUGCUUAAAUUUAACACAUUACAAACUUUUAUUUCCUGUUAUCAAAGCUGCAAAUCAAUUUCUACCGAUAAUGUAUUUCACGUGGUGUAAAUGUCCGUAAACUGUAGAUUCCCUGGGUCUGUUGUCGCGUAUUGAACUUCUUAUUGGUCUACCUAUUCAGUGUUAGCCGGCUAGCCUGUUCAAUUAGCCUAGCCAGUUAGCCCAGUGGUUCGCCUGCAGGACUCCAUCUUGUGUUGAAGUUGGUAAUUUAACCACACAGAGAAGGCAGGAUGGUGGACAAGAACAUCUACAUCGUCCAAGGAGAGAUCGGUACUGUGGUUGGAGCAAUCAAGAGGAACUCUAGAUGGAACACCCACACUCCACUGGAUGAAGAACAAGACCCUUUGCUCAGCAGCUUCGCCCAACUCAAGGACAUCCUCAACUCCAUUAAAGAGUUGGCGAAUGUGGAGCCCAACGUGUUCCUGCGGCCGUUCCUGGAAGUGGUGCGUUCCGAGGACACGACCGGACCAAUCACAGGCCUCGCUCUCACCUCCGUUAACAAGUUCCUCUCCUACGGCCUCAUAGAUGCCAACCAUGAGGCGGCGGCCGAGGCGAUCGAGAACAUGGCGGACGCCGUCACGCACGCUAGGUUUGUGGGGACGGACCCCGCCAGCGAUGAGGUUGUCCUCAUGAAAAUCCUGCAGGUGUUGAGGACGUUGCUGCUGACACCUGUCGGAGCCCACCUGACCAACGAGUCUGUGUGUGAGAUCAUGCAGUCUUGCUUCCGAAUCUGCUUCGAGAUACGUCUUAGUGAGCUCCUGAGGAAAUCUGCUGAGCACACACUGGUGGACAUGGUGCAGCUUCUAUUUUCCAGACUCCCUCAGUUCAAAGAGGAGGCCAAGAGCUUCAUCGGAGCCAACAUGAAGAUGGUGAAGAUGCGUGCGGGAGGGAUGAGCGAGAAGUGGAAGAAGCAGAAGCCUUCGCCCAGACCGCCGCGCCACACUGGGAGGGGGUCCCCUAGCCAGUCAGCCCACCUCAGCAACAACAAACUCUCUGGUGGGGUCCCCUUUAUGGAGCCAGGCUCCGGCCUCUCAACCUCGGACAGCGCGGGCUCCUCAGUCUCCAGCCCGUCCACUGCAGACAGUGGGCUGGACCCUGGCUCCAAGGCCACCUCGAGGGAAGACCUCAGCGACCUGGAGCAGAGCAGCUCGGCUGCCACCACCCCCGGCACCGAGACCCCCCGGCUGGAUGCAGCGUCGGACGGAAGGAGGUCUGAGCGCGGUCAGUCCACCUCCGUGGAGUCCAUCCCGGAGGUGCUGGAGGAUAAGGACUCUCUGACGGAGAACUCGGACAGUGCCUCCGUCCACGACAUGGACUACGUCAACCCUAGAGGAGUCCGCUUCACCCAGUCCACACAGCGAGACGGUGCUUCGCUCAUCCCCUACGGGCUGCCCUGCCUGCGUGAGCUCUUCCGCUUCCUCAUCUCGCUGACCAACCCCCACGACCGCCACAACACGGACGCCAUGAUUCACAUGGGCCUGCAGCUGCUCACCGUUGCCUUGGAGUCCGCCCACAUCGCCCCCUACCAGUCCCUGCUGGGCCUGGUCAAGGAUGAGCUCUGCAGACACCUCUUCCAGUUGCUAAAUGUGGAGCGGAUGAAUCUGUACACCGCCUCUAUUCGCUGCUGUUUCCUGCUCUUCGAGAGCAUGAGAUGUCAUCUCAAGUUCCAGCUCGAGAUGUACUUGAAGAAGCUAAUGGACAUCAUCACGUCAGAGAAUGUGAAGAUGCCCUACGAGAUGAAGGAGAUGGCCCUGGAGGCGCUGGUGCAGCUGUGGAGGAUCCCCAGCUUUGUCACCGAGGUCUACAUCAACUACGACUGUGACUUCUACUGCUCCAACCUGUUUGAAGACCUCACCAAGCUGCUCUCCAAGAAUGCAUUCCCAGUGUCUGGACAGCUGUACACCACCCACCUGCUCUCCCUAGAGGCUCUGCUGACCGUGAUUGACAGCACAGAGGCCCACUGCCAGGCCAAGGUUCUUAACAGCGCUGCUGAGCAGGACCAAUCAACAGACACAGUCCUGGCAGAGGGGCAGAGCUCCCCCAAUGAAAAUACACAGACAACAACAGACCCUAGCGGCGACGAUGGUGGAGGUCAGAGCACUCCAGAAGCUGAGAUCACGCUGGUGUGUCCUCCGACCAGCGGCCACCUGAUGGCUGAGAAGAUGAGACUGGGCCGGCAGGACCUUGAAGAGACCGACACUGCUGAGAAGAAGAGCCUGAAGAAACCUCAGCGCUUCACCUCGUAUUCACCAGAAUCCCAGGAGCUGAUGGACAUCAAAGCCAAGAAGAAGCUCCUGAUCACGGGCACGGAGCAGUUCAACCAGAAGCCCAAGAAGGGCAUCCAGUUCCUGCAGGAGAAAGGUCUGCUCAGCAGCCCAAUGGACAACAACCAGGUGGCCCAGUGGCUCCGCGAAAACCCCCGCCUGGACAAGAAGAUGAUCGGAGAGAUCGUAAGCGACCGCAAGCACAUGGAGCUCCUCGAUAGCUUCGUCAACACGUUCACCUUCCAGGGCCUGCGCAUUGAUGAGGCGCUGCGGCUGUACCUGGAGGCCUUCAGGCUGCCCGGAGAGGCCCCUGUCAUUCAGAGACUCCUGGAGACCUUCACUGACAACUGGCAUAAAGUCAACGGGUCUCCGUUCAUGACCAAUGACGCCGGGUUCGCGCUGGCCUACGCCGUCAUCAUGCUGAACACGGACCAGCACAACAACAACGUGCGCAAGCAGAACAUCCCCAUGACACCAGAGCAAUUCAAGAAGAAUCUGAAGGGCGUGAACGGGAACAAGGACUUUAACCAGGUCAUGCUUGAGGACAUCUACAACGCCAUCAAGACGGACGAGAUUGUGAUGCCAGACGAGCAGUCGGGCCUGGUGAAGGAGAACUAUGUGUGGAGCGUGCUGCUCCACCGGGGGGCCACGUCCGAGGGUCUCUUCCUCUCGCUGCCCCCGGGGAGCUACGACCACGACCUGUUCUCCAUGACCUGGGGGCCCACCAUCGCCGCCCUCUCCUACGUGUUCGACAAGAGCCUGGACGACACCAUCAUCCAGAAGGCCAUCGCCGGCUUCAGGAAAUGUGCGAUGAUCUCUGCUCAUUAUGGCUUCAGUGACGUGUUUGACAACCUGAUCAUCUCCCUCUGCAAGUUCACCACUCUGAGCAGCGAGUCGGUGGAGAACCUUCCAACAGUGUUUGGCAGCAACGGUAAGGCCCAGCUUGCCGCCAAGACGGUGUUCCACCUGGCCCAUCGCCACGGCGACAUCUUGCGGGAGGGCUGGAAGAACAUCAUGGACUCCAUGCUGCAGCUUUUCAGGGCCGAGCUCCUGCCCAAGGCCAUGGUGGAGGUUGAGGACUUUGUGGAGCCUAAUGGAAAGAUUUCCCUUCAGAGAGUAGAAACGCCUUCAAACCGCGGUGAGUCGGCCGUGUUGAGCUUCGUGAACUGGCUCACGCUGAGCGGAGCCGAGCAGUCCGGACACAGGGGUCCCUCCACCGAGAACCAGGAGGCCAAGCAGGCCGCCAUCCUCUGCAUCAAGCAAUGCGACCCAGAGAAACUGAUGACGGAGAGUAAAUUCCUCCAAGUGGAGUCUCUGCAGGAACUGAUGAAGGCACUGAUAUCUGUGACUCCUGACGAGGAGACGUACGACGAGGAGGACGCGGCCUUCUGUCUGGAGAUGCUGCUCCGCAUCGUCAUGGAGAACAGGGACCGUGUGGCGUGCGUAUGGCAGACCGUGCGUGAGCACCUGUGCCACCUGUGUGUGCACGCCACCGAGAGCUGCUUCCUGGUGGAGCGGGCCGUGGUAGGCCUGCUGCGCCUGGCCAUCCGCCUGCUGAGGCGCGACGACAUCAGCUCCCAGGUGCUGCUGUCCCUGCGUCUCCUGCUGAUGAUGAAGCCCAACGUCCUGGCCAGGGUGAGCCGCGAGGUGGCCUAUGGCCUCCACGAGCUGCUCAAGACCAAUGCGGCCAACAUCCACUGCACAGAGGACUGGUUCACCCUGUUCUCCCUGCUGGAGUGCAUCGGGGCUGGGGUCAGACCCCCCGCGUCCUUCCGCCUGGCCUCCAUCAGCUCUGACCACGACACCGGCGCCCUGUCCGAUAGCGAGCUGUCGUCCCACCAGCCCAGCGAGGUGAACCGGGACCGGGGCUACACCUCAGACUCUGAGGUGUACACCGACCACGGCCGGGCCCGCAUGCCGCGCUCCAUCACCGACGUAGACGUGGCCAGCAGCAGCGGCUGGCUGGUGGUUGGUAGGGACGACCUGGAGCUGGCGACCACCAAGGCAGGCUCCUCUACCCUGAUCCCCCCCAAAGUGUCAACCACCGCCCCCCUGCACAGCCCCCUGGUGAACCAGUACAGCCUGACCCUGGGCCAGGACCUGGGCCAGCACGACACCAAGUCCCUCAUCAAGUGCGUGGAGACGCUGUCCUUCAUCGUGCGCGACGCCGCCCACGUCACCCCCGACAACUUUGAGCUGUGCGUCAAGGCCAUCCGCGUGUUCGUGGAGGCCAGCCUCAACGGAGGCUACCGUAGCCACGACAAGAAGAAGAAGUACGACUCGUCUAAAUCUCGCCUGAGGAAGAAGAUGGGCGGUCGAGAGAAAGAUGGCGGGUCCGGCAACGGGCGGAAGGGCACGAACAGGGGGGGUGGCCAUCGGCCCUCGCGUUCCCAUAGCGACGAGGAAGAGGACGACAGCGUACCCGCCAGCUACCACACGGUGUCUUUACAGGUUAGUCAGGAUCUUCUGGACCUAAUGCACACGCUGCACACCAGAGCAGCCAGCAUCUACAGCUCCUGGGCGGAGGAACAGUACCACCUAGAGGGCACCAAGAAGAUAGCAGCCGACUCUCGGACCCUCUGGACCGGGUGCUGGUGUCCUCUGCUGCAAGGUAUCGCCUGGCUGUGCUGUGACACGCGGCGGCAGGUGCGCAUGCAGGCGCUCACCUACCUGCAGAGGGCGCUGCUGGUGCACGACCUGCAGACACUGGACGCCACCGAGUGGGAGUCCUGCUUCAACAAGGUGCUGUUCCCCUUGCUCACCAAGCUCCUGGACAACAUCAGCCCAGCAGACGUGGGAGGGAUGGAGGAGACCCGGAUGAGGGCCUGCACCCUGCUGUCUAAGGUGUUCCUUCAGCACCUGUCCCCCCUGCUGUCCCUGCCCACCUUCGCUGCCCUCUGGCUCACCAUUCUGGACUUCAUGGACAAGUACAUGCAUGCAGGCUCCAGUGACCUGCUGCUGGAGGCCAUCCCUGAGUCCCUGAAGAACAUGCUGCUGGUGAUGGACACAGCAGGGAUCUUCCACUGCUCGGACUCCCGCACCGGCUACUCUGACCUGUGGGAGAUCACCUGGGAGCGCAUAGUCUGCUUCCUGCCCAACCUGAGAGAGGAGCUCUUCAAGCAGACCGUCAUAGCUGAUCCAGGCCCCCCCAACAGCCUUCUGGUGGACCCUCCCCAGCCAGCAGGCCCCGGGGGGCAGCCUUGCCCCCCCCAGGGCCCCCAGCCAGUACCCCAGAACCCCUCCUGCAUACCGGGCAGCCCCGCCCAGCCAAAGACCCCCAGCAGGCCCUCCACCCCCCAGGGACCCCCCUCACCCAGUGCCAACGGUAUGGAGCGGUCGUCUCCGGGGCCCUCCCCCUCACCGCUGACUCCGCCCCCUGUCAAGGUGUCUCCGUCGCGGGGCCCCUCCCCCACCAGCCAGUCGCCCCUCAUCCUGCAGCCCCUGGCCUUGCCCCUGCAGGUGGGCGGGUCCCCCAUGUCCCUGCCAAUCAUCCUAAACCCCGCCCUGAUCGAGGCCUCCUCCCCCGUGCCCCUCCUCCCUGUCGCCCCCCGACCCACCAGCCCUUCCCACGAGGAGAAAUGAGUCGCUCUCGUCUCGAGGCUUCCUCGUCUUCUUCUUCGCUUUGCCACUAUUGCCUCUGGUAGAGGGUAGAGGGUGAGGGGGGGGGGGGGGGGGGUUUCCGCAUUCUCCUUCAGUUUGUUUCGUCGUCGAUUUCCUUUUUUUCUGUUCAACACCGACGACUCCAUUUAAAUUUCUGAUGACGUGGGAUCCUCUCUGGUACAAGUGAAGCCACGCCCCCUACCCCAUGACGUCAAAAUAUCACCCCAAAAACCAACCGACAUAAGACAGCUAGCCUGGCCUCAAGCUCAUCUCAACAGCUUUUGGGACGGGCGAUGGUCAUGUGCGAGCCCUUUACCUGUGAGAAGUAGUUAUUUAUUAUUAUCAUGCAUAUUGUUAUUAUCAUGUAAGAUGGGAGCGGGGUGAAGGCUGACAGGAUUCUGGUUUUCCAUAUUCUAAAGGACGCAGUUUUUCAAAUUUUGUUUUGUACUGGAGAAUGCUUUGCUAAAGUGGCCCUCUUCACCAUGCUAGUAUGUCUGUGCUUAAAGAUGAUCUAGUGAAUUCCGACAAGGGACCGUGAAUAAGUGUAUUUUUCUGUUUUUCUGUUCCUUUUGUUUGGUACCGCAUGUUGUCAAGCCAAUAGGAUGUACAGUGCAUCACCGGUGGCAGACGUCUUGGCCAGACUGGCACCAACUUGUAUAUAUCCAUGUCUUACCACGCUAGGUGAGGGGGGGUCGGCUGUCGUAUUUAACUGUACAGCUCAAUGACGGCACAUUUUAGAUUCAUAGCCGACUGGGAAAUAAAUCAGUCUUGUUUUGUUUUGUGAAAGGGCCGUGCUCUAUUCUCGUGACGCGUUUCAAUGGGCGGGGGGGGGGGGGGGGGGGGGGGGGAAGUUUUACAGACUGUUGUGGUUUUUAAUUAUUACUCAGAAAUAAAAAAUGCUUAAGAACAAAUAAACCAGGAGGGGGAUGACGUACACACUCACGGAAGACGGAUCUGAAAGCCUUUCAAAACAUUCCUAAGUGUUGACGUGGAUUGAUUGAGCCUAAAUUGUAUGGGGAAAACGUACGUCUCUGGGUGUGCAUGUCUGUAUGUGUGUGUGAUGUGAGCACCACAUCGGAUUGAUUCAAAUAGAUUUUUAAAGUUUAAAACAAAGAGAUUAUUUAAAGAGUACAGUCUGAGUUAAUUUAGUCUUGUUCAUUAUAACUGUUGUGUUGGUCUCGUCCCCGUAGAUGGUGAACAGCCUCGUAUACUGACAGCUCGGGGCUGGAGAAGAAGGCAUUGGUUUGAUAUAGGGUGCUCUCCAUCUUACUUACGCACUACAAGGUACUCUCUGCAUGUCGAUGCCUUCUGUACAGCAGCGGUAGCAGGCCUGAGAACAUACUGUGUGAAAGGGUGAGAACUCUCGAGCUAGACACCCUAACACCUUGGCUGAGUUCAGCGGUUUCAACCACAUCCAUACACUGUCCGCGCUCCAGACGUGAACGAGACCAGUUCUUCUUAAACCGUGGGAUGGGAAGAAAUUAUGGUGUGAAUUCUUUAAUUCCGAUGCAUCGAAAAUUACACUGAAACAUUACCAAAGUAGAUGCAAACGUUUCCAUGGUAACCACUUUUCCCGAUAGUAUGAAAUGAAAUCGUUCUUAUUGAACAUUGAUCUUAUUAUAGUAUGGAUGUGGUUGGAACUCCUUAGGGGGCUGUACCUUCUUUGCUGAAAGGCAAGUCCACUCACCUUUUGGUUUUUCAGGAAUAUCUUUUCUAAUGCGAGAGUACAUCCGUUUUGAACGCUUUGUAGCGCAGGUGACAGACGCGUCUGUGUUUUGGUCGGGUAAUACUAGGAUUGUAAACAUGCCUUACGUCAGGAGAGACAACCCAACACAAUUCUUCCGCUGGCUUCAUUGGUCAUUCGGUAUUUCUGGUUAUCUGAGGAGCCUAUCAUUGUUUGGAAACAGGACAUGACAUGACUAUGUGUAUAUAACUAUACAUAUAUAUAUAUAAAUAAAUGAGAGCUAAUGUACUUUUUACAAUGUAAUAAAUAUGUUAAGACAAUG